GCUGUGUACCUGGAGGCACAGCGCAACUGCAACCACAGCUUACUCUUCUGUACUGAAAACAAACUCCUGAACGUGACAAGUAACGAACGCGAUCGAGAUGGCUGACGAGUACGGCCGCAGCGGCUACGGCAGGUCCGGCGCCGGCGAAGACUACGAGGGCGGCUACAACAGGUCCGGCGGCGACGACUACGGCCGCGGCGAAGGCGGCUACAACAAGUCGGGCGGCGACGGCGGCUACGGCGACGGGUACAACAAGUCCGGCGGCGACGACUACGGCCGCAGCGGCGGCGACGGGUACACCGGCCGCCGCGGCGGCACGGACGACUACGAGGGCGGCUACAACAAGUCCGGCACCGACGACUACGGCCGCAGCGGCGCCGGCGGGUACAACAAGUCGGGCUCCGACGACUACAACAGCGGCGGCGGCGGGUACAACAGGUCCUCCGGCGACGACGAGUACAACAAAAAGUCCGGCGACGACGAGUACAACAAAAAGUCCGGCGACGAUGAGUACGGCUCCUCCCGGGACGACUCGGAGACGUACAGGAAGGAGGAGAAGGAGCACAAGCACAAGGAGCACCUCGGCGAGAUGGGCGCCCUCGCCGCCGGCGCCUUCGCCUUGUACGAGAAGCACCAGGCGAAGAAGGACCCGGAGAACGCGCACCGGCACAAGAUCGAGGAGGGCGUGGCGGCGGCGGCGGCGCUGGGCAGCGGCGGGUACGCGUUCCACGAGCACCACGGCAAAAAGGAGGCCAAGGAGGCCGCGGAGGACGCCGAGGAGGAGGAGGACGGCCGCGGCGAGGGGAAGAAGAAGCACCACUUCUUCGGCUAGCUGAUCGACGACGCUCCUGCAGCAGUGCCAGCAGUAUGCUUUGCAUGCAGCAGGGGAAUAAAUUGAAGAGCCGGGAGUUUAAUUUCGCGCGUACGGCUCCGUGUGUCCGUGUGUGUGUGUCGUGUGACUGUGGUUGCUGAUGUGGCUGCAUGCCGAUGCUGUGGUGCAUGCUGCCAGAGUGCGUUGGUGUGUCUGCAUGUGCAUUUCUCUACGUCGUUUUCUACGUGGUAUGCAUGUACGUGUUUUGCACUUGACUUUGUAACCGAGACUUCGGGAAUAAAAUGCUUCUUCAUCCGUACGUUUGAUUAUCAAA